AACCCCUUGGGUGUUGCUCCCAGUGCCCCCAAACCAGGGAGUUAUUUUUGAAUUUCUCAUUAGAGACAAGUUUUGGGGGUAUAAAGACCAGGUGUACUGCCAAUCAGAGCCUCCUGUAGGCUACCAGUCUAUAUAGGGGCUACCAUACUUAUUUGGCACCCCAGUUACAUUUUUUAUGCUUGUGUCGCUCCCCAACUCUUUUGACAUUUGAACGUGACUCGUGGGUAUAAAAGUUUGGAUCCCCCUGCCGUAAAGCAUAACAGUUAAACAGUAGGUUAGUAAAUAUUUACUAGCUGGUUAUUAUGAUUCCCUAUACCUGUUAUUUUAUUAUUUCUUCUAAUUGUAGGUGCAAUUAAACCACAUGUGCCAUGGAUCCGGUCUCUGUACUUCUGUCUGUUGUUGUUUGUAUUUUCCUAUUCAAAGUCUUCUAUGGCGGCAAAAGAACACUUGAGAACUUCCCUCCUGGGCCCAAACCAUUACCCCUCAUUGGGAAUCUGCACAUGAUGAAUAUGAAGAAACCCCAUUUAACAUUUAUGGAGCUGGCUGAGAAAUACGGCUCUGUAUUCAGUGUUCACCUUGGGACAGAGAAGGUGGUUGUGCUUUGUGGAACCGACACAGUGAGAGACGCUCUUAUCAACCAUGCCGAGGAGUUUUCAGAGAGGGCCAAAAUGCCAAUUUUUGAAGACUUUUCAAAAGGACUUGGUGUUGUUUUUGGUCAUGGUGAGAAUUGGAAAGUGAUGAGAAGAUUCACUCUUUCUACUCUAAGAGACUUUGGGAUGGGGAAGAAAACCAUAGAAGAAAGAAUCAGCGAAGAAAGUGACUGCUUAGUGGAAACAAUUAAGUCCUAUGAAGGGAAGCCAUUUGAUAACACCUUGAUAAUGAAUGCGGCUGUAGCCAACAUCAUUGUGCACAUACUGCUCAACCACCGCUUUGACUAUCAGGAUCCAACGCUGCUCAAACUUAUAAACAUAGUCAUUGACAAUAUAAAGAUUGGUGGAAGUCCUAUCGUUAUGCUGUAUAACACAUAUCCAUCUGUUGUGCGGUGGAUUCCCGGAAGUCACAAAACUCUUGGUGAGAAUACAGCACAAUUAUACAAGUUUCUUGAAGAGACAUUUACCCAACAUAGAGAACAAUUGGACGUGAAUGACCAGAGGGAUCUCAUUGAUGCAUUUCUUGUCAAGCAACAAGAGGAGAAGCCUUCUUCUGCAAAGUUUUUCCACAACGAAAAUCUGGUAGCACUUUUAGCCAAUUUAUUUGUCGCUGGAAUGGAGACAAGUUCUACCACUCUCCGAUGGGGCCUCCUGCUAAUGAUGAAAUAUCCAGACAUUCAAAAAAAAGUCCAAGAUGAAAUUGACAGAGUGAUUGGAUCAGUAGAACCUCGGCUCGAACACCGGAAGCUAAUGCCCUAUACUGAUGCCGUCAUUCAUGAGAUUCAGAGAUUUGCCAACAUCGCCCCUAUUAGCCUUCCCCAUGCAACAACUACAGAUGUCACAUUCAGGGGCUAUUUUAUCCCAAAGGAUACCCAAGUGAUGAUAGUGCUGACUUCUGUUCUGCGAGAUAAAGAUUAUUUCAAAAAGCCAGAAGACUUUUACCCGGAACAUUUCCUUAACUCCAAAGGAAACUUUGUUAAAAAUGAAGCCUUCCUUCCUUUCUCAGCAGGUAGAAGAAUCUGUGCCGGAGAGACGUUGGCCAAGAUGGAACUCUUCUUGUUCUUCACAAAGUUACUGCAGAACUUCACAUUCCAACCCCCUCCUGGAGUUGAGGUCGAUCUAACUUGUGCCGAUGCAAUGACAUCCAAACCCCAGGAGCAUCAGAUCUGUGCUUUGCCUCGCGGCUAGAAAACCAUCUUCACACAAUAAAAAACAAAAUGUAGCUUCUAAAUUAAAAAACAAACUUAAAAGUCUGUCGUCAUCUAAACAAAGACAUUUUCAACAGACCGAAAUCCAAAGUGUAUGGAAAGAGAUUGUUCACGUAUAGCAACUAUGUCUGAAAUAUUAUUUUGUAUUUUUUUUUUUACUGUUCUAUAUAUAUAUAUACAUAUAUAUUUUUUAAAAAUAUACUCAAGAUACAUGUUGAAACAGUUAUGAUAACGGCAGAUAAAAUCGUUGUAUUCAUGUUUA